ACGAUAUGCGCGCGCACUACUAUCCAUCCCACAUCUCCGCACAGGUAGUUGUGAUCAGUUUCUUAACGUUUUUUUUUAUUGUCGGUUAUAAACUCGAUUCUCUCGAUCUUCUCGCGCAGAUCACCGUUUGCGUUGGCAGUGCGGAUCGCGAGAGCAAACGCAACGGAUCAUUCAUUCAUAAAACAGGUUCCAAACGGCUGGGUGGGUGUGUUGUUUCUUCGAUAUUGCAAAUUGUAGGUGCAUUUUACGCGGUACCACCGGAAUUCAGAGCAAAAAUGUCAAACCAACCCGUCGUCAGUUGUUUGCCUGUCACUGCGAACAAAAUGUCGAAAGCCAAGAAGGUGUUAGAUGAAGCGCGCGACACCAAAAAUCGCGAAAUUGAUCUGGUGGAUCGGAACAUUUCCACCUUCGACGAGUUGCCCGGAUUGCUGAAUAUGCUGUUUGUGACCAGAAUAACGCUGAGCCACAACAAAUUGAAGACUGUUCCUCCCGGUAUCGCAAAUUUAAACAACCUGGAAAUACUUAACCUUUCCAACAACUUUCUGGAAGAGCUGCCACUGUCGCUUUCGUCGAUGCCAAAGCUGAGAAUUCUGAACUGUUCGAUCAACCGUCUCAACACGCUGCCUCGUGGUUUCGGCGCUUUUCCCGUCCUGGAGGUGCUGGAUUUAUCGUACAACAAUUUGAACGAACAUGUGCUGCCGGGAAAUUUCUUUAUGAUGGAUUCACUGCGGGCGCUCUAUCUCGGUGACAAUGAGUUCGAGUAUUUACCGAAGGAGAUUAAAAACUUGAAGAACUUACAAAUUCUCGGGCUACGGGACAAUGAUUUGCUGGAACUUCCGAGGGAAAUCGGUGAGCUGACGCGCAUUCGCGAGCUACACAUUCAAAACAAUCGGCUUAGCGUGCUGCCGCCGGAAAUUGCCAACCUGGACAUGCCGGGACCGAAAUCGGUGCUAAAGAUGGAGGAAAAUCCUUGGGUGACGGCAAUCGCCGAACAGUAUCUGGUUGGCAUCAGUCACGUGCUGGAGUAUAUCAAGACGGAGGCAUACAGAAUCCUGUACAACCGUCACAUGCAAUCGGGAGGUAAAUCGGCGGGUGAACUUCCUCCAAAGUCGGACAAAAGUAAAAAAGCGUCCCGAGCACGAUCGUAAAAAGGGAAAGCUGUCCGCAACCCAGUGCCAAUGGAAAUAUGCAGUUCGCGUGAAAGCGAGCGGACAUUGGAACGUUCGUGUCCCCAGACUAACAGCACAACUAAGCCUUAUUGCAGCCCGUACACCGUCCGGGCUUACUACUGUUCGCGUUGGGACAUUUUUACUGUUCUACUUACAAACGGUGCAGAUAGUUUGUUAAACUAAUUUAAUUAACGUAGCGGCGCUACGCUCGGUCGUAGCGCAAGUGCCUUCAAAUGCUAACACAAAUUGUGAACAACAGUAAUACUAAGCAAAGUAAUUAAAAUGGUAAUAAAAUGUAUGUGCUCA